UUUUAUUGUGAAAUGAUUCUUGCUAAAAUUUAUUUGGUGUCUUAUUAUUUGGAGGGUGAUGAUCAUUUGCGUGACGUAUUCAUAUUUUGGAACGUGUCUUCGUUAAAAAAGGACUAUCUGAUCAGUUUAAAAUAAUUGAAUAAUUCAUAAAAACUCCAACCAUGGAAUACGUCACUUUAAGGGAGAGCUUCCAUUUUAGCUAAUUUCAGAUUCAAACAAAGUUUCAAUAGUGUGAACAUAAUCACGAAUUUUUUGUAUACUGAAAAACUUCAGUUCGUUUAAAUGUUUAAUGUGUGGAGUUAAGUAACAAAAAUACUGUAAUCUUUACGGUUUUAAAGGAGAUGUUAUUCCAAUGUGCUCGUUUAUACUGAUACAAGUAAGACAUGGAUAAUACAGAAUUAUUAUUCUUUGACACAUUUUCGCAUGAUAUUUCAGAAGAACUUAACUUAGAUUUAGUACAGUUCCCCAAACCUGUAUAUAUUAGCGAAGUUAGAAUUAUUCCUCUGGGUGCUAGAGUACAAGCAGAUUUUCCUGGAGGUGUUCGUUUAGGUGCAACAAAUCCAUCUCAAUUUGAGAUUGAAUUUUUUGUAAAUGACUUAAGUAAACCUGGAGCAUCUACCUUCGAGUCUCUUGGAGAGUUAGAAUAUAAACAAAAUAUUCAUAUUCAGUUAGAAUGUGAAAGGAAACAAAUACCAACAGAUGGAUUGGUAUUAAGAGGAUGGUAUACUACGAUUACUUUAGCUGUAUAUGGAACAUUAACAAAGUCUUUGAAUAAUCCACAAGAAAUUAUUAAUUCAACUGCUGGAUCUGCAACUUGUGCAAGUGGUUUGGAAGAAGUUGUAGAAAGUACUGCUCAAAUAGCGGAACAACAAUCUGACUGGUACUAUGAAAAUCAAGCACAGACAAAUUCAAGUGAAACAUGUGUAGCUGCAACUCCACCACCUCCUAUACAACCAAUACAAACAGUAGAAUCAUCCAGAAAUUCAACAUCAGAUACUGGAAAGGUGGAUGUGGGACAUUGGGAAGAAGACAGUGCAAAUGGUACUUUAAAGUCAGCAAAACGUCCUUCUUCGCCACCUUCUGAAUCUUUAGUAUCUUUAAGUCCUGAAUCCAUAUCAGCGGAAGAAGAGGAAGGAGAACAAGAUGCAGGUGAACAAGAAACAGGAGAACCAUUUGAACCUAUAUUAUCCGACGAAGAUAUAAUGGCAGAUGAUAUACCACCUGCAACAGAGUAUGAAUGUGAAAAUGUUCAAUUGGACGAUAUCUAUUCUUUGACUCCUCCUGAUCUAUUGGACUUGGAAAAAUUAGUGAACAUUACUGACGAAUACUCUGUUAACAAUGAAAUGUUAGAUAAGAUACAUGAAAUAUUUCAGUCAUUAUCAAAAUCAGUUCUACAUUUUAACAAUGCAUCAGGACAGGAAAAAGAGACAUUUGUUCACAACUGUGAAUCGUUAUGCGCGAUACUUAGUCCAUUUCAUUUGAAUAGUGCUGACUUUGAUGACUUGACAAACAUUGUAAAUGCAGGCUUAGAUGUGGACCUCGCACGUGCUCAGCCUCAGCCAGCUUAUAAAGUUCGUCAUGUAAAAGUUGGUGUACGAUUAGCAGAAGCUUUGUGUAAGCUUCCGCAAGGUCCAGAAAUACUAUUAAAAGUAGAUGCUCCGUACAAAUUGUUGGCGUUAUGUAUGCGUGAAAAUGUAGCUCUUCCUGUGAAACUCUCCGCUCUUCGUACUCUGGACGCUGCAUUAAUAAGUCCUAUUAUUGUUCAAGAAUUUCUUAGAUCAAAAAGUAAUUUGUAUAAAAACGCUUUAAUGAUGUUAGAAACAGCUAAGUUAGCCAGAUUGAAAUACGCGUUAAGUUCGUUACUACGGAAAGUACACGUUUACGAAUUUCUCGAGGAAAUUAUCGAGCUUGAUGUACUGGGUGUAACUGAAUUGACGAACACUUAUAUAUGCGCCCCUACAGUAAUGGCCCAACCAAAACGUCAACUUCCAGCUGGAGCUCAAAUGGAAUUCGAACGCGAGCAAAACCGAAAUCCGCGUUGUCAUCUACUGGCAUAUUUCGAGCAUCAUAAACUUUUAUAUCACAUUCUAGUCGCACUUACUUCUCCAAAAUCAGACUUGAAUUUAAUAAGAGCCACUCGACAUUUUCUAUUACGUAUCUCUGAUACAAAGGAAGGUUUACUGUAUUUACUGAAGGAACCAGACGUUACGAAAUUAAUUUUAAAAGCUUUAAAAUGUGAAUUGCCUGGUGCAGGAUCUGUUUUAGCUUGGCGACUUCAAGUUGUCCAAUGUUUGUUACAUUUGAAACAUGUACCUUCUGAUUGGUUAGCCUUAAAGAAGCUUCAUUCUUUUCUAACGUUCCCUGAAGGUUUACAAGCUGUAAUAACAAUUCUUUCUACAGGGGAAUUUAUUGAUAUAUUAAUUCCCUAUCUGUCUGAUCCAAAUUUAUGCGAAUUUUCUGCAGAAAUUAUAUCAGCAACGAUUAGAUACUCCGAUCGAGUAGAGAUAUUUCAGAAUCGUGCUGCAACUAUUUUGGACAAAUCACGAGCCCAAGCUGUGUUGAAAGAUGUUACUUCAUACAUAACUACAGCUGCGCAACCGUCCCAUUGGAAUUAUGGAGAUGUUUCUCCACUUGUUACAUGUAUCAGGAAAAAUGCUGAUAAAGCAGCAUCUCUUCCAGGCCAAUUAAUUACAGCAUGUAGGAUUUUGUACUAUCUUGUUUUCCCUUUUAAUAACGAUGUGGAUCCAUUAGAACCUUACACUGAAUUGAAAUAUAGGAACGCGUUAACUCAGUUGUUCGCUGCUGAUGGUUUAACAGCUCUGAUUGCUGUGAUGGCAAAUAUUUCAGAGUUUUAUGAACAACCAUUUUUGCAUCGCGCUGCCUUGACGGGACGAAGAGGCUUAGCAUUAGUUGCAUUACUUCUUCCGUGUGUGAAAUUAACAAGAGCAUUAUUAGAACGUCUCGUGAAAUAUAUGGCAACUGAUUUUAAAGAUCUGACAGCUGUGGUGCCACUCCUGGGUGUUUAUUCACUGGUCGAAGCUAUUCCUCCUGUUCAAAUUGUACAGAUAUUAUCCGAAGAAAUAGUGGGAGCUCUUUUAGUAUUUACUCAGGCUGUGGAUUCAGAUGGAUCGGGGAAUGUAGCAAAAUCCUUAUGGACACAAAUGUUAGGUGAAGUUCUAAAAAUGGUUUCUCUUAGUCCAUGUAAUUUUAUACCUGGUUUAAAACUUCUAACACGAUUAUUACCGCCUGUUCUCACCUUGAAAGAAACGAUAACUGAAGAUGCUACUAGGCUCUUAGGUUUCAGGAAAUUGUGGUCCGCUCAUUUACAAGCUCAAGCUAAUAACUUGACUGAAACACUGCGACUACUUUGUGCUAGCUGGAAUAAAGAUUUAUUGAUUCUUCUUUCAAAAGUAUGUAUGCAAUUAAGCGACUUAGCAGCACCAACUGCGCUACUCGUAGGUAGAUGUUUAUUAGAUGGUAUAAUAGCUGCAGCUCCUCUAGAAAACAAUGUCUUGAUUCUAGCAUUACUGAGUGAACUUGCAAGACACGCACCUAUGAAAGCAACACUGUUAACUUUAACUAAUCCUGCAUCUCGAGCACAAGUGAAGUCUGACCAAAAAUAUCCCCCUGUUAUCGAGAUGAUGUGCACAGCACUUAAAAAUACAAAUGAUAUUAGAAUGCAAUAUGAAAUUCUUGAUAUUUUUGAGACAUUGUGUGACUGUACACUGAGUUUAAUGCAAGAAGAUGCUAAUGAACCAUUUGAAAAAGGAUUAACACAUUCAGUACCAAGUAAAGAACCGCUUCUAUCAAUUUUGGCAGCUCUCAUUGAUAUAUUAGCAACUAGUACAAAAUUCGAAUCAGAGGUACUACAAAGUACACUUCGUAUACUUACAUCUCUUAGUAGUCAUAACUAUGGUUUAUAUCAUGUAAAAAGCUGUUUAGAGAAUAAUCCUGAUGCAUUACGAUCGUUAUUAGAACACAUCUCUGCGUUAGAGGAUUCCGAGGAUCAACACGUUGUAGAUUUAACCAUAAUGUUCUUAGAGAACUUAAUUACAUCUGAGUCACAAGGCAGAUCGUUGUAUCUCCGUGUACAGCAACUAGCAUCAUUGAUAUCGUGGGAUAAGAACGAUCAUCCUCUAGAGAAGAUAAAAAGAGCACAAGAGUUAGUAGAAAUUUUAAAGUCUACCGAAGAUAAAGAAGAAAAAGAACCAAUUCCAGAAAUGUUAGAACCGUUAUUGCCAACUCCAGAAGCUUUGUUAAAUCAAUUUUCUCAAAGAUGUCUACGAACUCCAGAUCCAAUAUCCAAACGACCAAAGAAAUUUACAUUUAUGUCGCCAACUCAAGUAGUAACUGAAAAUACAAUAGACCUUUUAGCUCUUGCGAGUGAAUUACUUCCUGCAGAUUUUAAUUUACUGGCAGAGGCUCAAAAUUUGUGUUCUAAAGCACCUCCAGAUGAUGCUACUCAACCACUACAAUCAAAAUGUCAAAAUGAUGAACAAGAAACUAGGGACAUACAAAAGCAAUCAACAUCUCCUGUAUCAAAAGUAAAACAACCAUUUGUUACACCCAUGCGAGGGAGAACACAGUUUACCAAUUCUCUAAGAGGUGGUCCAGUAGUGGGAGGUGUAGGCAGAGGUGCAGAUCCAUUUAGAUCCAGACCACCGAACACUUCACGACCUCCGUCUCUUCAUGUCGAUGACUUUGUAGCAUUAGAGACAUGUGGAGCACAACCAACAGGACCUACGGGUUAUAAUAAACUUAGUAUUCGUGGUACUUGUCCUUCGCGAGCGAUCAAUGCUGGAACAAGAAGUAGACCAUGGGCUCAAGAAACUCGACCACCGUAUCUUCGCUAAUUAUACUAAUUUAAAAAAAAAACGAGAUACUCGCUACCAACAAUAUUAGGUUCGAAAUUUACCAAUUAUAGUAAGAUGAAUAUUUUAUAAUAACGAAUUUAAUGUAUAAUACAAUAAAACUUGUAUAAAACUGUUUUCAUUUUAAUAAAACUAUUUGUAUA